UCUGCUGGCGCACGACUCCUUCGUUUCGUCUUCAAUCUCAGAGGAGAAGGCGAGAAGCGAAACCAUCGUCUCCCCAAAAAGCAAACAAUGGAGAUCGUAAUCGUAUGGACGAUGGUGGAGCUUCUGGUAGCCCUCAUUCUCAUCGUAGCCCUAGGUUUCGUCUCCGCAGUCUUCUUCGAAGCUCAUAGAAGACGCCACAACAACGCGCACGUCGAAGCUCCGGCGAUCUGCGAAGACCCGAAGUCGAGGAAACAGGUUACGUGCCCUUCGAUUUACGAUCCGGCGGAGAAGUAUCUAUCUUUGAUCAUCCCUGCAUUCAAUGAAGAGCUUAGGCUUCCUCUGGCCCUUGAGGAAACAAUGAAUUAUCUCCAACAACGUGCAGCCAAGGAUAAGUCAUUUUCUUAUGAGGUGGUUAUCGUUGAUGAUGGAAGUGUUGAUGGGACAAAAAGAGUAGCAUAUGAAUUUGUAAAGAAAUACACUGUAGACAAUGUGAGGGUUAUCCUGCUUGGAAGAAAUCAUGGAAAGGGAGAGGCUAUCAGAAAAGGAAUGCUUCAUUCAAGGGGUGAGCUACUUCUAAUGCUGGAUGCAGAUGGAGCAACAAAGGUUGAUGAUGUAGAAAAACUUGAAAAAAAGAUCCAUGCAGUUGCAAGUGAGGAAUUUAAGUUUGGGGACUCACCUGCUAGUAAUUCAGAUUUUAGAAUAUCUGAUAUCCCAAUUGCUGCAUUUGGUUCCCGUGCUCAUCUCGAGGAGAAGGCCUUGGCUUCAAGGAAGUGGUACCGCAAUUUCUUGAUGAAAGGUUUCCAUCUUGUGGUUCUUUUGGCUGCUGGUCCUGGAAUUCGUGAUACCCAGUGUGGUUUUAAGAUGUUCACUAGGGCUGCUGCAAGGAAGCUUUUCACUAACAUCCGUUUGAAGAGGUGGUGCUUUGAUGUUGAGUUGGUUUUCCUAGGCAAUCGGUUUCGAAUUCCGAUGCGUGAGAUAUCUGUGAACUGGUCUGAAAUUCCUGGGUCAAAGGUGAACCUAUUAAGCAUUCCAAAUAUGCUUUGGGAGCUUGUGCUGAUGUCUGUUGGAUAUAGAAGCGGUAUGUGGAGAAUUUCCAGUUGAUUGCUCAGUUCAGGUUCUAAACUUUUUCAGAAGCAUUGCCAUCCUCCUGGCCUCUAUACAUCAGCAGUAGAAAUCAAAUAUCACGUUUAAUACAACCACAGGGCCUCUGGUUCUUUUGUUCCUGAGGUGUUCGCAGAGAUCAGAUAUAGAGGGUUUUAUACUUUGUUUCGGGAUGCCAUUAUCUAACAAUGAGAUUUUAGUAGUGUAAAAUCAUUUGGGGCUACUGUCUUUUUUUCCUCUGAUCAUACGUUUUAAAGUUAAUUCCAGAGUAGCAUCCUUGAUUGAAGUUA